UGUUUUGUGGCUGCGUUGUCAGUGACUGAGAGUGGUAAUCAUAUUCAUAUUCAUAGCCGUAGCUGAAAAUUCCGUUGCGAGUGACUUCAGAUUCAGACUCCGAUCCGUUCACAAAUCGCGUCACGUUCAUCGAUCUCAGAUUCUCGAAUGGCAGCGAUUUAUAGUCUUUACAUCAUCAAUAAGUCUGGUGGAUUGAUCUAUUAUAAGGAUUAUGGGUCUGCUGGACGAAUGGAUACCAAUGACAGCUUGCGGGUGGCAAGUUUAUGGCACUCAAUGCAUGCUAUCUCUCAGCAGUUAUCACCUGUUUCUGGUUGUUCAGGAAUUGAACUUCUCCAAGCGGAUACAUUUGAUCUUCAUUGCUUUCAAUCACUGACAGGGACAAAAUUUUUUGUGGUAUGUGAGCCUGGAGCACAGCACAUGGAAAGUUUAUUGAAAUUUGUCUAUGAAUUGUAUACGGACUAUGUUUUGAAGAAUCCUUUCUAUGAGAUGGAGAUGCCUAUUCGUUGCGAGCUCUUUGAUAUCAACCUAACGCAGGCAGUACAGAAGGACCGUGUUGCAUUUUUGGCCCGAUAAAUUUAUGUCUGACCAUUUUUUUUUUCAUUUCUAUAUUAUCAUGUGUACAUAAUCUAAAAAUUUCCAUUAAAUUGCUUGUAAGGGACUAGUCUCUUUUACUAUUCCUAGCCUUUGUAUUUGCUUUUUAAGAACAAAUUUAACAUUUACAAUGUCUGAGAAAAGACAAGUUC